AUGGCACAAUCAGGUGAGAUGGCAGCCACAGCUGAGGAGCCUGCAACUGCUCCCAUGGACGCUGCGCCUCUGCCCUUGGGAAAGCAGCCUGAUGCACCAGACAGCGCCUCUACGCCCCGAGAUCCUGUGACCGAGAAGUCUCUCACAGGACCCAUCGGGAAACAUCAGAGCGACAACCUCUUAGGAAAGAAUACAGAUGAUCCUGCCGCCACUGCCGCCGCUGUGCCGGCCCGCGUCCCAGGCCCCGGAGCUGCCACAGAACAGAUCAAGCCCUCCUCCACCGCUCCCGCGUGGCCACAAACCCCUGCCGAACACCCUCUCACCAAGUUCUUCAGUCAGAUAGAAGUGUUGACCAAGGAAGCUGCUCAUGACGAAGUAUAUGGAAUUACCCUCUCGCCUAAGAACGAAUUCCACACCAAGCUCAUUCUGCAAAAGUACCUGCGCGCCAACCAGAAUGACCUUGACAAGGCGAAGCAACAGCUUCUCGACACACUCAAAUGGCGGAAAGAUUUCGACCCAGUAAAAGCUGCCGGUGAGACGUUCGAAAGGAGCCGAUUUGAGGGACUGGGUUGGCUCCUGCAGGUGGAAGAUGUACCAGAAAGUGCGAAUAAGAGAGAUGUGGUCACCUUUAACAUCUAUGGUGCGGUGAAAGACAACAAAAAGACGUUUGGCGACAUCGAUGCCUUCCUCCGCUGGCGCGUUGGCCUUAUGGAGCGUUCAGUCCAACACCUGAACCUCUCAUUAGCUACGCAACCUAUCCCCGACUUUGGUGCCGGUCCCGACCCCUAUCAAGGCAUUCAAGUCCACGACUACCUGCAAGUGUCCUUCAUCCCCAUGAGGCGAGAUCGGCUUGUCAACGCUGCAAUCAAGAAGACCAUUGACGUCCUUGGCCGCUACUAUCCCGAAAUGUUGUCCCGCAAAUACUUCGUUAACGUGCCGCUCGUCAUGGGCUGGGUAUACCAGGCAGCCAAGAUGAUCGUGAGCAAAGAGACGGCGAAGAAGUUCACUGUACUGAGUUAUGGAAGUGCGUUGGCAGGCGAGCUAGGAAAGGGGCUGCCGAAGGAGUAUGGCGGUGAGAAAGGAGCAUUGAGCGAGGUUGGAGAGCCGAUGAAGCUGGAGGAUUGA